AUGCCGGCGCUGUUCACGUACACUUUGCCGAUCCUGUUCUCGCCACAUGUCAUCCGCAUGCAAAGUGAGUCGUGCGUCGCACUGCUGCGCGGAGGCGCCGGCGGAGGAGGGCGGACCGACCGGCUGGCGGUGUACGCGAUGAAGGGCGUGAUCGGCAAGGGCUCGUUCGGCAAGGCCAUGCUGUGCAAGCACGGCGGCGACGGGCGGCUGUAUGUGGUCAAGGAGAUCCAGGUCUCGAACCUCGACCGCAAGGAACGGCGCGAGGCCAAGAAAGAGGUGGCUGUCCUGGCGCAGAUGAAGCACCCCAACAUCAUCGCCUACCGCGAGUCGUUCAUUCAGGCCGGCUCGCUGUACAUUGUCAUGGACUACGCAGACGGCGGCGACCUGUACAAGCGAAUCAAGGCCCAGCGCGGCGUCCACUUUGCCGAGUCGCAGGUCCUCGACUGGUUUGUCCAGAUCUGCCUCGCCAUGAAGCACGUCCACGACCGCAAGGUCUUCCACCGCGACCUCAAGACCGCCAACAUCUUCCUCACCUCGAACAACAUGGUCAAGCUCGGUGACUUUGGCAUCGCAAAGGUGCUCGACUCGACCCAGGAGCUCGCCUCCACAGCCAUCGGCACUCCGUACUACCUCUCGCCCGAGAUUUGCGAGAACAAGCCGUAUGACAACAAGUCGGACGUGUGGUCCAUGGGUGUUGUCCUCUACGAGAUGCUCACCCUCAAGCACCCGUUUGACUCGAAGAACAUGCACGGUCUCGUCCUCAAGAUCAUGCGCGGCAUCUACCCGCCCAUCCCCUCAUACUACUCGACCGACAUGGUCGACCUGGUCGACGCCUGCCUCCAGCGAAACCCGCGGAAGCGCCCAUCGGUCGAGGAGAUUCUGCAGCGGCCCUUUGUCCGCCGCCGCAUUGACUCGUUCCUCUCAGAGACCAUCAAGCGCUCCGAGUUCUCCCACACUGUCCUCCACGGCGCCAAGCUCCACGACGGUCCAGCCGCCGCCCGCGCCAUCGACGCUCCGCCGCCGCAGCCCGCACCCGCCGCCUAUGUCAACAAAGCUGCCGCAGACCGCGGCCGCAGCGCCGACUCGGCCCGCCAGCGCGAGGUCCAGCGCAAGGCCGACAUGCUCUCGGCCCUCGCCCAGCAGCGCCAGAACGAGGCCCGCAUGCACGAGUACCACGAGCGCAUGCGCAAGGCCCAGGCCAACCGCCAGCGCAUCGAGGCCCAGCUCCGCUCAGAGCCGCAGGCCAAGCGCAAGCCGCGCAAGUCCUCUGCGCCUGCAGCCCCGGGCGAGCCGCGUCGCCCGCCGCCAAAGUCGCGCGUGGCUUCGGCCGCCGACGCCGACGCCGCCGCUGCUGCUGCUGCUCGUGCCGCCGCCCGCCGCGAGUCAGAGCGCCGCGCCAAGCUCCGCGCCAUCCGCCGCCGCAAGUACCUCGAGCAGAAGCGUGCCUCGGAGCGCAACCGUAAGAUGGCCGAGGUCCAGCUCGGCCGCUCGCACGGCUCGCCAGGCGGCUCGCCGUCAGCCACCUCGAUUGUUGCACCUCCAGCUCGGGCUUCAGACUCCGAAUCGGAACCGCCGUCAGAGUCUGAGGCGUCGGCCGACACCAACGACGACAACGACAACCACGCCUCUCCGAGUCCGAGCCCAAGCCCGCGCCUUGACGACAACGCACCCGCGUACGAGCUCGAGCCUGGGCCCGGCCCGGGCACUAUAUGGCGGAACGAGAUGGAGGCCGAGAUGGACGCGCUCAUGGCCGCCAACCGCGAGCGCAUGGCUGAACGCAGGCCAACUGCGCCACCCGCCCGCCAGCACCUCAACCGCAAGCGGAGCGGGCACGACUCGGGCUCCGGCUCGGCCUCGUCGCGCAGGUCGUCAGCCGACCGCGCCCACCGCGAGGAGAAGCUCCGCCGGAUGCGCGCCCAAGCCGAGCGGGCCAACGCUGCACACGCCCGUGACAAGCGCCGGGUCGAGGCUGCGCCGCGCUCCAAGCGCGCCCAGCUCAAGGCAGAAAAGAUGCGCAUUGCCGAGGAGCGCGCCAUUGCCAACCGCCAGCGCAAGGAAGAGUUUGAGCGGAAGCGCGCCGAGAAGCUCGCUGCCCGCCAGCGCGAGCAGCGCGAGCACAAGGAGCGGUUGCGACGGAUCAAGGCCAAGAAGAACGCCGCCGCGCCCAUCCGCAAGUUUCUUCCGCCCAAGUCGCAGCGCGUGAGCUCGGACACGUCGUCGGCCGACGUCGUCGUCGCCGCACGCAGGCCUUCAGCUCGUGCCCGCGGUGCAGGCCCGCUCCCGCAGCGCGAUGCCGAUGCCGCCGCACGCGCCUCGGCCGCAGCAGCCGACAAGAAGAAGAAGCAGGCCGACGUCCGCGCCUUUGUCCGCGAGCAGCGUCGCAAGGCAAUGCUUGCCAAGAAGAAGGAGGCUGCCGCUGCAGCAGCCGGCGGCGGCAGCGGCCUCGACAUUGUCUGGAUGUCGCCGACCCAGCACUCGCUCGCAGAAAACGGCGAGUCAGAUGACGACCGUAACUCGCCGCCGCCUACCCUGCCGCCGUCGCGCGUCGCUGCCCUGAAGAUCCCGGACGACGGCGACGAGAGCACAGACUCGGAGCUCCUUACCCCGACCGCCAUCGCCGCUGCUGACGACGACGACGCCAAGCAUGAGCGUGAGGAGCGCGACAACGCCGACUUGGUCGCCCUCAUGGGCAUUCUCCAGGGCAACGAGCCCGAGCCGGCCGCCGACGAUGUGGUUGUUGUCAUUGAUGACGACGACGACGACGACGAUGAUGAUGAUGAUGACGACGAUGCUCCAGCAUUCGAGGUCGAGCCCGAUGACGACGACGUCAGUGCCGGGUCGGGCGACGGGUUGUACGAUGGCCCGGCACAGCCGGUCACUGCCACAACGUCGGUCAUCAAAGCGCGCAAGUCGCAGCGGAAGCAGUCUCAGCGGCGCGUCUCGCAGGCGGCGCUGGCGUCGGCAGACGCGGCUCUGCCGUCGGUGCCGCGGGCACCGAGCCUCGGCAAGACCGGAGAGCUCGACGCCACCGAUCGAGCCUCGAUUUACUCGCGGGUCGAGUCGCUCCGGGUGUUUCUGGAGAAGGAGCUGGGCGUGGACCUCUUUGUCUCGGUCUACUGCCUCCUUCGCGGCGUCAACGAGCGGACCGAUGACGUGGCGCUUGCCCAGACGCUCGGCAAGCAGCUCGGCCCGUCCAAGAUGCACUUUCUCACCGUCAUUAACCAGCUCAUCCACUGCGAGGAUGUGUACUUUGAGCCGCUGACCGGCGAGACUGGCGCCGCGCCUGCUCCUAUCGACGACUCGGUCGACCACCCCAGCACUGCUUCUGCCGGCUCACUCUCAUCGUCACAGGCCUCGAUUGCCACCGAUGCCACCGCCACCGAUGCCACCGAUGCCACCGCCACCGAUGCCACUGAUGCCACCUCGGUCUCAAGCGCCGACUCGGCUGUCCACAAGGACAAGGACAAGGACAAGGACAAGCGCAAGCGCAAGCGCAAGGACAAGGACAAGGAGUAG